AUGAGUGUGGAGGAAGAAACAAUGAUUUUCAAGGUGUACCGGGUGGAUGAAAAGCCUACUACGGCUAAUGGAUGUUAUCUACUUGUCAAGGUACAACUUGACGAUUUGGAAGUUCCAAGGACGAAACGAGCCAAAAACGGUAAAAAACGUGCUAUGGCAAACAUCACCAAGCUUGAGUUCGCUGCUCUAGAUAUUUCCGGAAGAAAUUAUCUAACUUGGAUCCUUGAUGCUGAGAUCCAUUUGAAUGCCAUGAACCUCGGAAAUACCAUUAAGGAUGGUAAUGAGGAAAGUGAACAAGAUAAGGAAAGAUAUGAUCACCAGAAGAGUGUGAUACUUCCUAAAGCUCGAUAUGAAUGGAUGCACUUGCGUUUGCAAGAUUUUAAAUCGGUAAAUGAGUAUAAUUCCGCCAUGUUUAAAAUUGUUUCUCGAUUGAGAUUAUGCGGAGACGAUGUCACAGAACAAAACAUGUUAGAAAAGACAUUUACCACAUUUCAUGCCUCUAAUAUGCUCCUGCAGCAGCAAUAUCGUGAAGAGAACAACGAGCUCUUGAUGAAAAAUCAUAACUCCCACCCAACAGGAUCACAAGCAUUUCCAGAAGUAAAUGCAAAUGUUUCGUUCCCUGAAGUGAAUGCAAACAACUAUAAUCGUGGUCGGGGUCGUGGCCGUGGGCGUGGGUAUCGUCGUGGUCAUGGUCGACAUCAAGAUGGUCCUAAAGUUGCACCAUACCACCCGAAGUGGAAUAAAAAUGGUGAAAAACAAGACAAGGGCAAGGCUGUAAAAUUUGGCCCUUCUAAUAAUCAAAAUGAGAGUUGCCACAGAUGCGGAGUGAAAGGGCACUGGUCACGUGCAUGUCGUACUCCAAGGCACCUUGUGGAUUUAUAUCAAGCAUCCAUCAAGGGAAAAGGAAAAGGGAAAGAAAUCAAUUUUACUGAUUUUAGCAACACCGAGAAUGACCAUAUUGAUCCAAUGGACCUUACCCAUUUGGAUGUUGCUGAUUUCUUUCCCGCGCCAAGUGGAGAAAUUGAUGAAAUCAAAUUUCAUGGUGAUGAUAACAAUGAUGGCAACAAAUAG